UUUGUAUUUCUUCCACAAUUGGUUCUUGCCCUGCAUAUCCUUUUCACUUUUUGGACUGAAGGCGAUUAAUCGAACUUUGGUUCUGAACUCUCAUUCUCGAGAAGUUUCAGGUAAAUGGAGAAUUUAUCUCGCUGGGAUGGAACAAUCUCAUCAAGUGAAUUUCGCAUUGCUGCCACAACUCUUUCCGAAAAAUGGGAAGUUAUUAACCCUGAAUUUCCACCAUGGACAUGGAUCGAAUCACCAAAACCGUUUUGGGUUACUUCAUUAGAGGUUGAAGGGUAUUUAUCCCUAGAAAAUUACUCAUAUAAAUUUAGUUCGGACGAUGCCGAUAAUAGAAUCUGGGUUGAUACUCAAGCUCAUGAGAACUUAGUUGACACUCUUUGUGGAUCUAAAAGUUCUUGUCAAAAAGAAGAACCAGUCAGCUUUGGGAAUCAAGAAGAGACCGUUGAUUCUGCCACCUUGGUUCUGAAUGAUGACGAUCAACAAGAAUUGCAUUACUAUGAUUUCCACAUAGUCUAUAGCAAUUCGUACAGAGUCCCUGUACUAUAUUUCCGCGGCUUUCGUUCAGAUGGACAAAUUUUGACGUUGGAUGAAAUUGAAAGGGAUCUUCCUGCUAACUCCUUAAAGGUACUAAGAGAAUCGAAGUGGACAUUCAUUACUCAAGAGGAACAUCCUUUGUUAAACCGUCAAUGGUAUACAUUGCAUCCUUGUGGGACAAGUGAAUGGAUGAAGCUACUAUUUCUUGGUGGUUAUUCACCGGCUAAAGGUGGAUCAUCUUCUUGCUCUGUAAUGCAACAGUAUUUGGUCUGUUGGUUAUCAGUUGUUGGUCAGGCUGUUGGUCUAAAUGUUCCACUUGACAUAAUAAGUGACUUCCACCGUGUAUGUACAAUAGACAAUGUAACUUCAUCUAAUGGAAAUUCAGUAACUACUAGCUAGUAUAUUUUCUACGAAAAUUCAGUUAGCAAUAUAAUGUCAUCUAAAUCUAAUGAAAAUUCAGUUAGCAGUUUUUUCAUUGUAAUUUAUACAGAAUUUCAUUGAAACAGAUGUAUUUUCUUCACUGCUCUCUUGAGUCUCAACAGGAAUGCCAAUCUGUGUUCCGCAUGUU